AUGGAGGGGGCGCCUGUUAGCAAUACAAGGAAGAAGGUUCGGAGAGAAGGCUCCUCCUCCCAGCCAGGAGUUGUUACACCAUCUACUGGGAGAACUAUACGGGAGAGGCAGGAUUGCCGAAGAUCUAUAAUAAGAGCGAAGAAAGAAGGUAGGGUUAUAGGUUCUAGUAAAAGGGCAGCAGAGGGAGGGCAGCAGUGUCAGAGGCUAAAAGCAAGGUCAAGGAAAGAAGACGACGAGAUAUCAUACUAUGGGCCUCCUGCGCACAAGUGUCAGUACUGCGGUGCGCAGUUUUGGUACCAAGAGCGUGUGAAAAGAACGUAUCGAGGUGAAGGAGACUGUGUACGUGCGCUUGCCUCUUCUAAAAGAUCCCCUCCAUUUCUAGCUGGUUUGUUGAACCCAAAUGGUGAUACUUUCUCUAAAUACUUCAUCAAAUCUAUACGUUCAUACAACUCCAUGUUUGCUUUCACUUCACUUGGUGCUAAAAUUGACAUGGAUAUAAACAAGGGUCCUGGCCCGUAUGUCUUUAAAAUUAAUGGACAGGUCCACCAUCAAAUUGGAUCUUUACUACCAGAUGAGGGUAAGUCUCCUGUAUAUGCACAACUUUAUAUUUAUGACACCGAUAAUGAGGUUGAAAAUCGAAUAUCAAUUUUUGAUAGGGAUAGGGACUGUGAGGGUGAGAAUGAAAUUGAUAGAAGAAUUGUCGAGGGCUUAGUGAGGAUGUUUGAUGCAGCAAAUGAGCUGGUGAAAUCCUUUAGGGCAGCUAGGGACCUAUUGGUCCAAAACAAUAGUUGCCGCCAAUUGCGUCUCGAGCUAUUGCAUGAUAGAUCGAAAAAGUCGCACCUCGAUUACAAUGCACCAACAGGAUCCGAGAUAUUUGCUUUGAUAGUUGGUGACUUUUUGGAGGAGAAGAAGAGUCCGAUAUAA